AUGCCGCAAAAACGCUCCCCGGCCACCCCUACCACGCCGACCUCCCUCUCCUCCGGCCCCAAGACCCUCACCAGCAACUCCUCCGUCAUCGACAUCGCCCACCACGUCUGGCAACAGUAUGUCGCGACAACGCCGCAGCGCACCCUCCUUCUCGACGCCUUCAUGGCCUUCCUCGUCCUGAUCGGUGUGAUUCAAUUCGUGUACUGUGUUCUGGCUGGAAACUAUCCCUUCAACGCCUUCCUCAGCGGCUUCUGCGCCGCCGUCGGCCAAUUCGUCCUAACGGCCAGCUUGCGCAUGCAGACAAGUUCCGAAGAUACAAGCAAGAGCGCGACGGCGUUCAAGGGCAAGAAUGUGAAGAACGUGGCCGGUGUUGCGGAGGGGGGUAUUUCUCAUGAACGGGCCUUUGCGGAUUAUAUCUUCGGGAGCUUGAUUCUGCACUUUUUCUGUAUCAAUUUCAUCAACUAG